GGGCGGACGGCGGCUCCCGGCUCAGCCCGGCUCCCGGCGGGAACAGCGAGGGGGCGCCAUGGCCGACGUGUUCCCGGGCCCCGAGCCCGGCGCGGACCCGGACGUGGUGCAGCGCUUCGCUCGCAAGGGAGCCCUGAGGCAGAAGAACGUGCACGAGGUGAAGGAGCAUAAAUUCACCGCGCGCUUCUUCAAGCAGCCCACGUUCUGCAGCCACUGCACCGACUUCAUCUGGGGGUUUGGGAAACAAGGAUUUCAGUGCCAAGUUUGCUGUUUUGUGGUUCACAAGAGGUGCCAUGAAUUUGUUACGUUUUCUUGUCCUGGUGCAGACAAAGGGCCUGACACUGAUGAUCCCAGAAGCAAACACAAGUUUAAAAUCCACACAUAUGGAAGCCCAACGUUCUGUGACCAUUGUGGAUCAUUGCUGUAUGGACUUCUACAUCAAGGGAUGAAAUGUGACACUUGCGAUAUGAAUGUUCACAAACAGUGUGUAAUAAACGUCCCAAGUCUGUGUGGAAUGGAUCACACAGAGAAAAGAGGAAGGAUUUAUCUGAAAGUUGAAGUCAGUGGUGACAAACUGCAAGUCACAGUACGAGAAGCAAAAAACUUAAUCCCUAUGGAUCCAAAUGGACUUUCAGAUCCAUAUGUGAAGCUGAAACUUAUCCCUGACCCGAAGAAUGAAAGUAAACAAAAAACAAAAACCAUCCGUUCCACUCUAAACCCACAUUGGAAUGAGUCAUUUACAUUUAAAUUGAAACCUACAGACAAAGAUCGACGGUUAUCUAUAGAAGUUUGGGACUGGGAUCGAACGACUAGAAAUGAUUUCAUGGGAUCUCUUUCAUUUGGGGUGUCAGAGCUUAUGAAAAUUCCAGCGUGUGGAUGGUACAAGUUGCUUAACCAAGAAGAAGGUGAAUACUACAAUGUCCCAAUUCCAGAAGCUGAUGAUGAUGGAAAUGUAGAACUCAGACAGAAAUUUGAGAAAGCCAGACUUGGACCAGCUGGUCACAAAGUCAUUACUCCAGUAGAAGACAGGAUUUCCAAUAUACCAUCCAACAACCUGGACCAUGUGAAGCUGACAGAUUUCAACUUUCUCAUGGUGCUUGGGAAGGGGAGCUUUGGAAAGGUGAUGCUGGCAGACAGGAAGGGGACGGAGGAGCUGUAUGCAGUCAAAAUAUUGAAAAAAGAUGUGGUGAUUCAGGAUGAUGAUGUGGAAUGUACCAUGAUUGAAAAACGAGUCCUAGCACUGCAAGAUAAGCCACCUUUCCUAACACAGCUGCAUUCUUGCUUCCAAACAGUUGAUCGUCUGUACUUUGUUAUGGAGUAUGUGAAUGGUGGUGACCUCAUGUAUCACAUUCAGCAAGUAGGAAAAUUUAAGGAGCCACAGGCAGUGUUUUAUGCAGCUGAGAUUUCAAUUGGGCUCUUCUUUCUCCAUAAAAGAGGAAUUGUUUAUAGAGAUCUGAAAUUAGAUAAUGUGAUGCUGGAUUCAGAAGGACACAUAAAGAUUGCAGAUUUUGGGAUGUGCAAAGAACAUAUGGCAGAUGGAGUAACAACGAGGACAUUCUGCGGCACUCCAGACUACAUUGCACCAGAGAUUAUUGCUUAUCAGCCCUAUGGAAAAUCAGUAGAUUGGUGGGCCUACGGUGUGCUGUUAUACGAGAUGCUAGCUGGUCAGCCUCCAUUUGAUGGGGAGGAUGAAGAUGAACUCUUUCAGUCCAUAAUGGAGCAUAAUGUUUCCUAUCCUAAAUCGCUGUCCAAAGAAGCUGUUUCUAUCUGCAAAGGGUUAAUGACAAAACACCCUGCAAAAAGGCUUGGCUGUGGGCCUGAGGGGGAGCGAGAUGUCAGGGAGCAUGCAUUCUUCAGGAGAAUCGACUGGGAGAAACUGGAGAACAGAGAGAUUCAGCCGCCAUUCAAGCCUAAAGUGCACUUCUGUACCAAAAUUCACUGGCUUCAGUGGGCAUCGAGGUAUUCGUGUGGCAAAGGUGCUGAAAACUUCGACAAAUUCUUUACUCGAGGACAACCAGUGUUAACACCGCCUGAUCAGCUGGUCAUUUCUAACAUAGACCAAACAGAUUUUGAAGGGUUCUCCUAUAUCAACCCACAGUUUGUACACCCGAGCUUACUAAGUGUAGUAUGAAGCUGAUAGACAUGAACAAACAGUGGAAAAUGGACCUUUGCCCUAGAAUUUUUAGGCCUUUGCCUUGUUGGUUCCAGUUGGGCCUGGAAAUUGUAGGGUAAAAAGUACAGGAGGAGGGGGAGGGAAAAGGACACUCAUUCAGGAUUUGGCUUUGCAACAAAGAGAAGUUGUCUUAGUAGAAGUUCAUGUAAUAUAUAGUGUCCAUUUAUUCACACUACUGGCUGUAGGGUUAUUCUUAUGAAGUUAGCCAUUUUCGGUAUAUUUUAAUAUAUUUGCAUAAUUUCUAUUGUCCUUUUCCACCUCCCCUCCGGCACUGGAAAAGCGUAUUAGAAAGAAUGAAACAGCAUCAAGUAGGCUGGAAAAAACAAACAACCCACCUUAAAAUGGAAAGUCUUCAGCCCUUAAAUGUGGAUAGCAUGAAAUGUGAGCAGUAGGCCCUGAGGGACUACUCUUCCUUUUGGUCUUCCUGAUGACUCCUGAUGAAAUGA